AGCUUCCUGGCGGCUAGCCUGUGUGCUAGCAGGGCUAGAGAGGUUAGCCCCCAGAGCUAGCAGGACAGAAAGAAAACACAGACAUGCAUGAUGAUGAUGAUCUGGAUGAACUAUUGGACGAAGUUGAAAAAAAGUUUUGUCGCAACGUUUCUGUUGCGUCCACAGCUCGCGGGGAGCCACGCGAGGCAGGAAAAUGCGGGAAAGAGACCGAUGGACAGAAAAAACACAAUGCCACAAAACCUAGAGAACCGAUAAGCAGCAUCACUGAGGAUAUUGACGCCCUUCUGGAGGAACUGCUGGAGGAAGACAACAUAGAUUCCCCUCAAUCAAAGAGUGAUCAGUUUCCUAAAGGACCACAAGUGGAGAAGAAGCCAUCAUCUCAGUCUGGAGGCAGGAAGUGCUGUCCUGUGUUCGUUGGCGGCAGCUCUGUUGCAAAUGGUGUUGGAACAGCCACAUCCAAGAGGUCAUGUGACCAGCUGAGGUGUAUAUCCUGUGACUUCAGGGUGCUGAUGUUUGAUGACUGUGAGUGGGACCCGUCCUGUGAUUACCUGUUCCUCAGUGGGAACAAUUCAGCAUCUGCAGAUCAACUUGACUCGAAUACAAACAAGCAGAGACAUUGUGUAAACCCAGCUAAAACACACAAGCAGAGAGAACAGGAACAACAUGCCGGACCGUCAGAAGCUCAGAGCCAGGCUGAAGAAGAGGAGAGGUUUCCGGGCGUACGGCUGCCAGUGCAGCUGGUUCUCCUCCUCGGAGCCGACGGACCUCAGGGACCAGGCUCAGCUCAGAUGGGUCUGUGGGAAGCACCAGGACUGACGUCGACUCCUCGCUGCUGCAGAACGCUUGUUAAAAACCUACAAUCGUUCCGGAUCACAGGCCAAAACAGGGACGUUACAGACAGGAAAAACCUCCUCUGCUUUAUCUUCUCUCUCUGUCUCUUCAGCUGGUUCCUGUCUUGAACUGUCUGCAGUGAAUCUGCCCCAGUUCAUGAUCUCUUACCUGACGUCGCUUCAACACGGAGGUACGCACUGAAAACACCCGAAAACAUCUCUGAAAAAGACUCAAAUAUCAAAGCACUUUGUCUAAUUGAUUUAAGAAAUGCUUUCUGUUCUAACCAUGGCAACAGCUCUAAACAAGGAGGACUAUAAUCACUCGGACGUCUUUAUUCACUGCUCUAUGAAGAAUUUCAGCUUUUUAAAUGUAAAAAUCUACAAUAAUGUCGAUAUAAUAUGGAAAUUUGUACAAACUCUUAAAUUAAAACAGAUCAAAUCAG